AUGGACCAAAGUACAACUCUUUUGGCCUUCUUCAAUCUCUGCCAGACGGACGCCUUUUCAAGAACCCUCCUCUACAACGAGUUGCCCUAUUAUUACACAUACUCUAAACAAAGAGGUUGGUCCAGGAGGCGGAGAGGACAACCAGUACCAGGACAUCCUGACGUGAGACAAGAUCCGUGCAUCGGUAGGGUGUACACUGUCCAUCCAAGCUGCAGUGAGCGUUACCAUCUCCGACUCCUCCUACACACUGUUCGAGGUCCAACAUCUUUUGAGGAUCUCAAGACUGUUGAUGGUGUGCUCCAUCCAAAUUUCCAAUCCGCAUGCCGUGCCCUUGGUUUACUAGAGGAUGAUGCGUGCUGGGAGGGCACUCUUGCAGAAGCUGCUGUUUCUGACAGUCCCACCAAGUUGAGGGAUCUCUUCAGUGUCUUAUUAGUAUUUUGCAAUGUGAGCAACCCUCUUGAGCUCUGGAUCAGAUUCAGAGAUUCCCUCUCAGAGGACUUUUUGAGAUCUGCACAUCAAGUCGACAUUAACACCACCUUUGAAAACAAUCCUAUCAUAUAUGACCAGUGCCUAGCAAGCAUUCAAGAGACAAUCACUCGCAUGGGAGGACUUGGGCUCGAAAGCUACAACUUACCAGUACCAGCCAUAGAUGUCAAUCAGUUAAACCAUGAUUAUAUCAGAGAGACAAGUUACGACCAUCCCGAACUCAUUAGGUUUAUUGAACAGUGUACGCCAACUCUCAACGAGGAGCAGCGCCAAGUGUAUGAGCAAGUUUUGACGAGCAUAAAUGGACAAAGAAACAAGAUGUUUUUUCUUGAUGCUCCUGGAGGUACUGGAAAGACCUACCUCAUAAAGCUGAUUCUCGCAAAGGUUAGAUCAAACAGUAAGAUUGCUCUUGCUGUGGCCUCUUCUGGCAUUGCAGCAACCCUUCUGCCAGGUGGAAGAACUGCCCAUUCCAUGUUCAAAAUCCCAAUAAAUGUAGAGCAUAUGGACAUCCCGAUUUGUUCUAUAUCGAAGAGCGCUCCCAUGGCACGAGUUCUACAAGCAGCCUCCUUAAUAGUCUGGGACGAGUGUACGAUGUCCAAUAAACUGACAAUCGAGGCCCUCGACAGAACACUCAAAGAUAUGAGGAACAGUAAUAAGAUCAUGGGUGGAGUGACGGUAUUGUUCUCUGGUGACUUCCGCCAAACUCUGCCAGUUGUAGUGAGAGGCACAAGGGCGGAUGAAAUUAACGCCUCUAUGAAAAGAUCUACCCUAUGGCCAAUAAUGAACAAACUGGCGUUAACAAAGAACAUGCGGGCCAAUAUUGGAAAUGAGGUGGAAGAAUUCUCCAAUGUUCUGUUAAAGUUGGGAGAUGGAAAGCUGGGUAACGUUGAUGGAACUAUCGAUAUACCACCUUCUCUUGGUGUUAUUGUUCAAACCCAAGAUGAACUCAUCGAGAAAGUCUAUCCAGGAAUUGAAGACCUCCCAAACAAGAGCAGUGCCUGGUUAUGCAAUAGGGCUAUUCUCACUCCAAAAAAUGAAGUUUCAACAAAGAUAAAUAAGAAAGUGAUGUCCCUAUUCCUAAGCGAGGACAAGACAUAUUUGUCGGUGAACACAGUUCUAAGAAAUGAUGACGCAGUGCACUACCCGGCAGAGUUUCUUGACUCGGUGACAGCACCUGGACUACCCGCCCACGAACUUAAUCUUAAAAUUGGUAUUCCCGUUAUGCUUCUAAGAAAUUUAAACCCUCCUAAAUUAUGCAAUGGGACUCGGCUUCGAAUUCGAAGUCUCCAGCGAAAUGUCAUAGAAGCCGAAAUUCUAACAGGCUGUGGUGCGGGAGAAGUGGUGUUUGUCCCCCGGAUCCCCCUCAUCCCAAGCAACUAUCCCUUUGAGUUUAAGCGCCUGCAAUUUCCCUUAAAUCCAUGUUUUUCCAUGACGAUCAACAAAUCGCAAGGUCAGACACUGUCAACAGCAGGGAUUGAACUAGGUGACGCGCAAUGUUUUUCACACGGACAGCUGUACGUGGCGUGCAGCCGAGUGCGAUCGCCAACCAACCUUUACAUACAUGCCCCAGGCGGUCGAACCACUAAUAUAGUAUAUGAAGAGGCAUUAAGUUAG